GAACCCUUCUUGCAUGACAGAUCCGCCUGACUUUUUUUUUGAAGAAAAAAGAAAUGGCAAUGAUUAAUUUCUAUUUUCAGGCAUUUUCAGCAAUGCCCAGUAUUAUUUGGUCAACUUUGACGGUUUUUGAGUCAAUAUUAGUAUUCCAUUCAUUCACGUGUUCUUUAUUUUUAUUGUAUUUAAUUUGGAAUGCAAAACGUUUACAUCCAUAUUGCAGAGUAUAUCUACUUAUGGUUGGUCUCUCAAUGACUCUUUUUGCCUCAUAUGGUUUUUCAAUAUUCGAAUACUUAAAUUCUUCGAAAUAUUACGCAUUGACUCCAGAAUUCGCUACUUUGAGAAGUAAAACGUGGGAGUUUAUACAUGAAUUCGGAGUCUGUCUACAAUCAUUAUCUAUGCUCUUAUUUUCUAUGGAAAGAUACAGUGCAAUUCGAUAUCCAGAUUUUCAUGCUAGUACCACAUUUGUAGUUUUAAUCUAUGUUUCAAUAGUUUCUGCGGUAUUUUUAGCAUUAAGUUUCAGUGUUGGAGUACAUAUUUACGGGCAGCUGAUUUUAGCAACUUCACUUAUGAGUCUUUCUGACUAUCUCGGACUAAUUAUUUUGAUCUUUGCGUGGAGAAGUAGCAUACGAAAUUAUAGGCUGUCUACAGGAAAGGCCAGUCUGAAAAGAAGAUAUCAGAUGUCUGAAGUUUACGCAUGGACCUCUACACUGUUGCCUGCAGUCGCAGGUGCAUCCAUAUUUAAAGUAUUAUCUAUGAUUCCUAUUUGGAUAUGGCUUCUUUCAAACCUGACAGACUGGGAAUACGGUCUUGCAAACUUUCUAUACAAUAAUAUUCUGAACGCUUACGUUUGUCUUUUCCCAUGGGUAUUGAUUUCGAGAAAUCGAAGUCUUAAAAAACAGAUUCUUGCGAAAAAACGAAUAUCUCCAGACGGAGAUACAAUGAAAUCAGUAAGAACGUUGGAAGGGAAGCAUAUAUCAAUGAGACCAUCACAAGCAGAAUAUUUUGAUGCUUUAAAAGAUUCUUGGAAAUGAGGAAACUACUUUUUUUUAGUAAAUAGUUCAAUAAAAUUGUUAAUAAUUUUCAC